AUGUCUAAUCCGGAAGCUAUAAGGAGUCUGGCCUGCGAAGAGUGCGACCGAGACCCGAGAAGAGGCAGCGAAUCCAACCGGGCUCGAGUAGAUUGUCUUGGUUGGCUUCGAGUAAAACAUCCAAACAGUGGUUUUCUUCCAUUUCAAGUGGAAGUGUGGCGUGAAGAGAUUGGAAGGUCGGCUCCACCAGAAGACGACGGCGAUUGGCUUUACUGGAGCAUUCAUGCUGACGCUGUUACCGAGGCAAUCGCCUUCGAUUCCGUGGUGCGCCGGUCAGGCAGUAGUAUCCUGUCUUUUCGCCCUUCCGGCAUGUCCUAUCGCUUCGGCCUGAUGCGUGUGGCCUACCAUCACGAGGCCGACGUCUGCGGCCCGGCAGUCGACGCUCGGCCGCCGUCUGCCUCCAGCAGCAACUGCCUCCAGCCGACCACGCUCUCGCCCUCUGCGCCUCUACUUCGCCUCGAAUGCGCACACACGCACUCAUCAUAA